CAUCAACCCCCGCCCAGCCACCUGCGCGCUGUCCUCCCGCGCACGCGCGCGCGCACGGAGCCAGACAGUUGGUGGCGCGGCUUCGCCCCAGCUGUUCUCCUCCGCGCUCAGAGCCGCGGCGCGCGACCCCGGCGCGACACGACGGCGCAAUCGCGGCGCGGGGGGAGGCAGGGGCGCGCAGGCGCGGCGGGGGCAGCGAGGCCGCGCAGGCGCGGACGGCGGUGGUUUGAAGAAGACCUUCAGCAUUGCCCUGGCGGAGCGGAGAGGGCUCCCUGGCUGGAGAUAUGUGUAACACACCGACUUACUGUGACCUAGGAAAGGCUGCUAAGGAUGUCUUCAACAAAGGAUAUGGGUUUGGCAUGGUCAAAAUAGAUCUGAAAACCAAGUCAUGUAGUGGAGUGGAAUUUUCUACUUCUGGUCAUGCUUACACUGACACAGGGAAAGCAUCAGGCAACCUAGAGACCAAAUAUAAGAUCUGUAACUAUGGACUUACCUUCACCCAGAAAUGGAACACAGACAAUACUCUUGGAACAGAAAUCUCUUGGGAGAAUAAGUUGGCUGAAGGGUUGAAACUGACUCUUGAUACCAUAUUUGUACCGAACACAGGAAAGAAGAGUGGGAAAUUGAAGGCCUCCUAUAAACGGGAUUGUUUCAGUCUUGGCAGUAAUGUUGAUAUAGAUUUUUCUGGACCAACCAUCUAUGGCUGGGCUGUGUUAGCCUUUGAAGGUUGGCUUGCUGGCUAUCAGAUGAGUUUUGACACAGCCAAAUCCAAACUGUCACAGAAUAAUUUUGCCCUGGGUUACAAGGCUGCAGACUUCCAGCUGCACACUCAUGUGAACGAUGGCACUGAAUUUGGAGGGUCUAUCUACCAGAAGGUUAACGAGAAGAUUGAGACAUCAAUAAACCUCGCUUGGACGGCUGGCAGUAACAACACCCGUUUUGGCAUUGCUGCUAAAUACAAGCUGGAUUGCAGAACUUCUCUCUCUGCUAAAGUAAACAAUGCCAGCCUGAUUGGACUGGGUUAUACUCAGACCCUUCGACCAGGAGUCAAACUGACCCUGUCAGCUUUAAUCGAUGGAAAGAACUUCAAUGCAGGAGGUCACAAGGUUGGGUUGGGAUUUGAACUAGAAGCUUAAUGUGGUUUUGAGUAAAGUAUCAGAUUGAUCUGGAGGUGAAGAGAAAUGAACCCACUAUGUUUUGGCCUUAAAAUUCUUCUGUGAAAUUUCAAGUGUGAACUUUUUAUUCUUCCAAAGAAUUAUAAUCCUCCCCACCCUGAAGUCUAGAGAUCGCAGGUCCAUCAUAAGGGAGGUGCUUGAAGGCACGCUUGGAAGUUGUCACGUUCGUGCCACGUUUCAGUUCAGUUCCGCAGUGUUAUUUUAAAUGUGUUCCUCAGCGACAAUGUAGUGUCAUGUUAUAAAGGAAAUGACCCAAUCCUCCAGUUUGUACAUCACGUCCUGCAUGUCCCACACCACUUUUUCAUGACCUUUUAAUAUAUCGGUCUCUGUGCUAUAGUGGAAUUUUUGGUUUUGCAUCAGAGUAAAAUAAAAUAAACCCAUCACAUUUGGAACAUAA